AGCCAAAAUUUCACCUGUUUUUGGCUUUGGGGUGUGAUGGAAUAAAUCAAAAUGGAUAUCUAAACUAUUUGCGCUUCUUUAAUUAAUGAAGUAGCAGUUAGUCAAGCAAUGCAACUUUCGACGUUGAGCCGGGGGUCUCUUUGGAAACAGCCUCUCUACUUUCGAGUAGGGGCAAGGUGAUUGAAUCAAGCAGUUGGGACAUAUAAUGGACAUAAGAAGUUCGUCCUCUUGUCGACAAGAAAACCUGCCGCCAUACAUUCACAAGGUGGGGGCCCCACCAAAAGAGAACCUAUUCAAGGAGUUCAAGAACAGGGUGAAGGAAACAAUGUUUGCAGACGAUCCUUUUCGGUCGUUUAAGGAUCAAACCAUGUCUAGGAAGUUUGUCCUGGGGUUGCAGGCCGUGUUCCCCAUUCUUGAUUGGGGAAGAAGCUAUAGCCUUGCUAAAUUCAGAGGAGACCUUAUUGCGGGUCUAACCAUUGCUAGCCUGUGCAUUCCUCAGGACAUUGGCUACUCGAAGCUAGCAAACUUAGACCCUCAGUAUGGAUUAUACUCCAGCUUUGUUCCCCCAUUGAUUUAUGCAUUCAUGGGAAGCUCAAGACACAUAGUCAUAGGACCGGUGGCUGUUGUGUCGCUCUUGCUGGGAACUAUGCUUCGGAGUGAAAUUGAUCCGACUAAAAAUGCAAGUGAUUACAGGAGGCUUGCAUUUACGGCAACCUUUUUCGCUGGUGUCACGCAAGCUGCCUUGGGGAUUCUCAGAUUGGGGUUUUUGAUAGACUUAUUGUCUCAUGCUGCGGUGGUUGGUUUUAUGGGCGGUGCAGCCAUUACAAUAGCCCUCCAGCAGCUCAAGGGUUUUCUUGGUAUAAAAAAGUUUACUAGGAAAACAGAUAUCGUCUCAGUGAUGAAGUCUGAAGCUGUGGCAAUUGGGAGAACAUUUGCUUCCAUGAAGGAGUAUCAAUUGGAUGGAAACAGGGAAAUGGUGGCACUUGGAGUGAUGAACAUCGUUGGUUCAAUGACCUCCUGCUAUGUCGCAACAGGUUCCUUUUCUCGAUCAGCAGUGAACUUCAUGGCAGGCUGCAACACGGCAGUUUCAAACAUUGUCAUGUCCUUAGUUGUAUUCCUAACUUUGGAGUUCAUAACCCCUCUCUUUGAGUACACGCCAAAUGCAAUCCUUGCUUCCAUCAUCAUCUCCGCUGUCAUUGGUCUGAUUGACUAUGACGCGGCAGUACUGAUUUGGAAAAUAGAUAAAUUUGAUUUCAUUGCAUGUAUGGGGGCAUUCCUGGGUGUGGUUUUUGUCUCUGUUGAGAUUGGUCUUUUGGUCGCGGUCGCAAUAUCAUUUGCUAAGAUUCUGCUGCAAGUGACAAGGCCAAGGACAGCAAUUCUUGGAAGGGUUCCUAGGACAAAUGCAUACAGGAAUAUCCAGCAAUACCCUGAAGCAACUAAAGUUCCAGCGGUCACUGACAUCGACACUAGUGGCAUUCACGCCUUAGAAGAGCUGCUCAGUAGCCUGCAGAAAAGAGAUGUUAAGCUGGUUCUGGCAAACUCGGGAAGUGUGGUGAUGGACAAACUGCAUGCAUCUGGAUUUCUCACCAUCAUCGGCGAAGACAAGAUCUUCCUGACAGUGGCUGAUGCCGUUCUGACAUGUUCCCCAAAACUUCCUGAUGUCUAAGGCACAGUCUCUACUUCAUGGGGUAGUGAUCUUCAAGAAUGUGACUGCUAGGAUGGCAUGAAAACACUGAACUUGAUCCUGUGUGUGAAUAGUUUAAUAAAAACAUUGUUUUGAAGUGUUCUGCGUGCUUGGGGGGAUGGGGGGUGGGUAGCCACAUUUAAUAUGUAACAUGCUUUGUAGUGAUGUGAAAGCAUUGAACUUAAUAAAAAAGUCGUUUUGAA